AUGGGCUCCACCAUUUUCAUGCCACGUCUUGUGCCGGAUGCCUUAGACCGGGAUGCCCUCGACAACCCAGAACGCCUUUUUUGUAUCCAUGCAGUAUCUAUCAAUGAAAUGGGGUGCGGAUGGCGUCGGGUGACGAUAGGCGACCUCGCUAAGGCGGUAGACCGUUUUGCUUGGUGGCUCGAAGAGACAGUUUGUUCCAGCGGAACGCCCGAGAGGCUCGUUUAUAUUGGACCAAAUGACAUCCGUUAUGCCAUAGCGGUUAUUGCGUGUAUGAAGUUAGGCCACUGUAUUCUUCUUUUGGAUCCAAGCACAGCUCAACCCGUAAUCGACUAUCUUCUGGCCUCGGGACAUUGCUCUAGGCUACUGUUUGCGCGUGAGCUUGCCGACAAAGUGCAUCUUAUAAAAAGUUCUAAUCAAACAUUGGAUAUAUGGGAGGUAAUGGAUCUCUGGACAAUGUUUACUGGCCCGAACAGGCCAGUUCACUGCCCCCACGAAUAUACCAUAGCUCGAGAACAACAACCAGCUGUUGUCCUCUAUAGCUCAGGCACGACAGGCGUACCCAAGGAGAUUGCCCUGCCGCAUGGAUAUUUUAGUGCAUUGGAUUAUUUCCAGCAUAUCCCACUUCCCCAGGGAAGGAAAUCGACAGCCCCCUGGCUGAGUCACCCCCACCAUCCCCAUCUCAUAAAGACCAACAUGUUCCACGCGACUGGUAUUGUGACCUGGGCAGCUGCAAUUUUUCAUCGCACGCAUUUUGUUCUUGGACCCGACGCACCAUUGACCCCGGGGUCGUUGAAAGCGAUUGUCUCUGAGACGGGUGCAAAGUCGGGUCUCUUUUUGCCAGACACUUUGACGUGCUUGAGUGCUUCUGAAGAGGGUUUAGCGGCACUGGCCAGCUUAGAGUGCGUAAGCUUCGUCGGCAUGCCUUUACCACCGAGUGCGGGUGAUAAGAUCGCCCGCGCGACACGCUUGCAAUCCUCCAUCGGCCUCACGGAGGCAGGCUAUUUUUGUAGCCUACAGCCGAAAGACCCUAUGCACUGGGAAUAUUUCGAAUGGAAUUGCCACCAUCCUAUGGAAAUGCGGGAUCACCCGAGUGGGUGUUCUGAGUUGGUCAUCACACGCCCGCCUGACUAUUAUACGCAUACUUUUUGUACAGGUGACCUUUUUGUCCAGCACCCGGAUCAUAAGGAGCUUUGGAAGCAUGUUGGCCGCAAGGAUGACGUUUCCAAAUUACCGAACCGAGUGUUUCUCCAUCCAGGUCCCAUUGAGAGAGCCCUCGAAGGGCAUGAAUUGGUCUCCAAGGCGAUGGUAGCCACUAAUCAUGCCCUUCGUGUAAUGCUGAUUAUAGAUCCAGACCGGAGAAUCGCAAGGCGCUCGAUGCCACCCGAAGAGGUUGUCGAUCGGCUCUGGCCUUUGGUGGAACAAGUCAAUUGUCGCCUCCCCGUGGAGGCUCAGAUAACACGAAACCGUAUCUUGGUUGCGCCCAUCAACAAGCCCUUCAAAACGACGGCAAAGGGAACAAUACAACGUCGCCAUAUACUUGAAGAUUUUAAAUUGGAAAUUGAAUCUUGUUCUGCACUCUAA